AUGAGAAAAAGAAGCACUAGAGAUUGGGAAGGUGAACAGUCAAACUCUGAGGAGGAAGGCUUCGAUAUAGCCGGAGAUCUAAUCGCUAGAGGUUCUGGUAGCGAAGAUGACGAAAACAGUGGUAAUGAAAGCAGCGACGAAGGUUCUGGCGAAGUUCAGGACAUUAUAGAGUUUAGUGAUGAUGAAGGUAAAGAGGAUAAGGCGAAGGAGAUCAAGAAGGCCAAAAAAAGCAUUGCUGAUGAUGCAAGCUUUCCUGCAUUAGAGAUGCCUGAACAAGAAGGUGAAGAGGACAACGAUGCAGAUGAUAUCGCGGGCUAUUUCUCGACUCAAUCGACCAACGCCGCCAAACACAAGAAGGGCUCGUUCCCAAGCUUUGGUCUGUCGAAGACUAUCUUGGGAAACAUCUCCAGAAAAGGUUUCAGACAGCCAACGCCCAUUCAGCGGAAAACCAUUCCUUUGAUUUUGCAGGAGCGUGACAUAGUCGGCAUGGCCCGUACUGGCUCAGGUAAGACGGCUGCUUUCAUUUUGCCUCUGAUAGAGAAACUCAAGUGUCAUUCGGCCAAGAUCGGCGCUAGAGCCCUGGUUUUGUCCCCAUCGAGGGAACUUGCACUUCAGACUCACAAAGUUCUCAAAGAAUUUGCUCGCGGAACUGACCUACGCAGUGUUCUUCUCACUGGUGGUGACAGUCUUGAGGAGCAAUUUGGAAUGAUGAUGUCGAAUCCUGACGUUGUAGUCGCAACUCCGGGCAGAUUUUUGCAUUUAACUGUUGAAAUGAGUUUGAGUUUAAAGACUAUGGAAUACGUGGUUUUUGAUGAGGCCGAUAGAUUAUUCGAGAUGGGUUUCGAAGAACAACUCAAUGAGUUGUUGGCAGCCUUGCCCACAACAAGACAAACUUUACUUUUCUCUGCUACCCUACCGAGGUCCUUGGUAAACUUCGCUAAGGCUGGCUUGACGAAUCCCGUGCUUGUGCGCUUGGAUGCGGAGACUAGAGUUUCUGACGAAUUGGAGAUGCUUUUCGUUGCUACGAAAAAUGAGGAAAGAGAAGCAAACUUGUUGUGUUUGCUUCAAGAGGCCAUUCAGGCGCCGAUUGGUACGGAUGAGCAGCGUCUAUUGUUGGAAUCUGGGUACCAGAGCAGUGGUGACGAUGAUGACAGUGACACGGAGGACAAAAAGCGUCAAAAAAAGAAGAAAGCGUUUAAAUCGAGGAAAAAUCUUCCUUCUCCCAAAGACUUGUCGAGUGAAAAGGCUACAAUCGUUUUUGUUCCCACGCGUCAUCACGUCGAAUACGUCUCGCUGCUUUUGAAAGAGUGUGGAUACUUGGUGUCUUAUCUCUAUGGUACAUUGGAUCAAAGGGCAAGAAAGCAGCAAUUGCAAAAUUUUAGAAAUGGUCUCACCACGAUAAUGGUAGUUACAGACCUCGCCGCGAGAGGUGUGGAUAUUCCUUUACUAGCCAAUGUCAUUAAUUUUUCAUUGCCGUCUUCCUCUAAAGUGUUUGUUCAUCGAGUUGGUAGAACAGCCAGAGCAGGUAAUCGCGGUUGGGCGUACUCCAUUGUCUCGGAGAAUGAGCUACCUUAUCUACUUGAUUUGGAGCUUUUCUUGGGCAAAAAGGUUUUACUGACACCAAUGCACGAAUCUUCCACGGAGAUAAUGAAGCAGAAAUGGCUAUCUGAAGGUCACGAUGAGGACUCCUUUGCGGCUCCUAAAGUAUCGUAUACCAAGAGGAUGGUAUUGGGCUCUUGCCCGAGACCUGAUGUGGAGAAUUGUGGAGAUCUCUUCAAAAACUUGAUAGAAUCAAACUAUGAAUUAAGGUCGUUGAAGGCCGUUGCUGUAAAAGCUGAGAAACUUUAUUUCAGAACACGUACGGCUGCAUCCUCUGAAUCUCUGAAGCGUUCCAAAGAGGUGAAAGGGUCCGGAUGGGACGAACAGAAUCUUAAAUUUGGCGCGAACCUGGAGAAAGAAAAGCUUGACUUCCUUGCGAAGUUGCGUAACAGAAAUAAGAAAGAGACGGUAUUCGAGUUCGCGCGCAAUCCAAAUGAUGAGGCUGCGUUGCUCAUGAAGAGAAGAAGAGCUCAAAUAGCUCCUAUCCAAAGAAAGGCUAACGAGAGAAGAGCACUUGUUGAAAAGGAGAGAGCCGCCGGGUUGAGACACUCUUUGGAAGAAGAAAUUCUAAAAGGAGAGGACAACGAGGUGGGCUACUCGGUUCGUGAAGAUAUUCUUGAAAAUGAGUUCGAGGACGGUGACAAAGUCUUGGAUGCGCAAGAAAAGAGCAGGAAGUCGUUUAAAAAUCCUGAGUUUUUCCUUUCAUACUACGCACCUGCGCAGGAGAUACAGGACAAGCAGCUUGAGCUGACCCCGGGUUUCACGAAUGAAGCUGCGAAUGCGACAUUUGACCUGAACGACGACGACAAAAUCCAAGUGCAUAAGCAAACUGCCAAUGUUAGAUGGGACAAGAAGAAGAAGAAGUACGUUAACAUAAGGGGCAUCGACAACAAAAAAUAUAUCACUGGCGAAAGUGGGCAGAAAAUUCCGGCUUCGUUUAGAUCUGGCAAAUUCGAUGAGUGGUCGAAGGCGCGAAAGAUUGGACCAUUGAAGGUCGGAGCAAAAGAGUCUCCUGGUCAAUCUAAACUAUUAUCUAAUCCUCUCAGCGACGUUCAACGUAAAGUUGGUGGGAAAUUCAUGCACAAGCAAAUGAAGGCUCCCAGAAUGCCCGACAAGCUCAGAGACGAUUAUAAAACCCAGAAAAAGAAGGUACAAAAAGCAAUCAAUAAUGGGGUUGCUGUCAAGGGCUUUAAUGGACCGGGUGGCAAAAAUGAAUUAAGGAAUGCUGAUCAAAUGCGAAAGCAGAGAGUCAUGAAGGAAAAGAGGAUGGCCAAAAACGCACGUCCAAGCAAAAAACGCAAAUUUUGA